AUGCACGACGAAUCCCUUUUGCUAUAUGCCCGAGCCUACGAUUUAGUUGAGGGCCAUACCUCUAUAUCACCACUUUCAUUUAUAUGCCUGCCUUACGAUACUGAAGAAGAUGAUGUAAACCUUAUCACCAACUUCCUUGAAAACCUACCAUUCCGAACUACUAGUGUUCACUCAACUACCAAUGAACGCCUCGAAGUUGUCAAAGAUGUUAGCUUGUUGUUAGCAAAGACGAUAUCGCUUCGUGUUUACGCCGAAAACCCUGAAGACGGAUAUCAAAAAUCGGACGACUUUUAUCUCGAUGAACCAUUACUAUGUUAUGAAGCUAGUUUAUCGACUAAUACGGUUAAUGAACGCCUUGAUUUGACUCGAUUUCCUUUGAAGGGAGUGGUCCCAAGUAAAGAGGACGAUGAUGGGGAAUUACAAUUUCCGUAUUGGGCUUGGGAAAGACGAAAUGAGAUCGCGGCGGACCUUGCCGGAGAAAGAAUGGCAGUUGAUCGAAAGGUUUUGGAGUUCUUGAGGAAGACGGUGAAGAACCCGGACGCUGAAAAGAAACCCACCAGAGAUUGUGAGGACGACUGCUACGAUGUUUCAACUGUUAGUGUGAUUUCCAUUCUCCAUAGGAGUGCUGAUACUACACCACCUCUGUCUCCACUGCCUGUACCACUAAUUCCUUUAACACCAGUUCCGCUAAAUAAGCUAGUGGAGCAGUUGGAACCUUUGAAUCUUGAAACAGGGGAUAAAUUACCUUUUAUCCCGACGUUUGAAAACGGUAAUCUGAUGAAUGAGAGCCUCGACGAAGAUACAGAAGCCGUUAAACUAUUUAAGUCUAUUCAAUUGGCCCCCCUCAUCAGUUCAUCACCGAUUAGGCCUCCACCAAAAGAACUCCAUGUCGAGACACCGUUGACGCCUCCGCUCACUAGUCCAAAUAAACACAAUAUCGUUUUGGAUAAGACGGUUGGAACUGAUAUCCCACCAGAGGUAUGUGGACCUACAAAGAAGGUAAAAUUUUCGGAUAUUGUCGAGGAGUUCUUGAUCCCACCAUCUUUGGACCCUUCAGAGGGUGGGUAUGACGACGAAGUUAUCACAGAUGACUACCUUACCCAUUCGGCAAUGGCUCAGCUUUCCCUUGAGGUUAUGGAACCCGGUGCACAGUUCUUUUUGAUGCAACUACAGCAAGAGCAACUUGAAGACUCGACGAAGUCAGAACAGGAGCCCAAAGAUGGUUUACGUGUCGAGUUGCCAAUUGUUAGUUGGAAGAGACCAACCCCACCGUGGGUUUUAGGUGGGAUUCAUGACGACGAUCUAGUUGGUGCCAUUGAUAAGGAAGUUAUGGUAAAUUGGGAAUAUAGAAAGAGUCUUGAUAUUGCAGGCUUGUGCUGGACAAUCGGGAAUACGACUGUUUCACAACCUGGAGUUACGGAGACGAUCUUUCCUGAAACUGAAGAGGAAUUAUGGAAAGGCAUCGAAGAUGUGUUUCCAGUGCUUCCUUUGGAGACGGUAAUUGAAGAUGAAGAUGAGAGUUUCUGGGAUAAUGGGCAAGAGCAAGAUGAAGACCUUGAGUGUGCUAAAAUCCAACCCAAGACGGAUCUCGAUAGCUUGAUCGAAAGAAGGAGGUUACAGAGACCUACUACCAACCACAAAUAUGUAGCAGCACCCCUUCUAGAUCCAAGGAGCAAUCUCUCAUCCUUUCUGUCCCUUCAAAACCGUAGCACGGAGCCCCACCCAAGCACUACAAUACACUCCUCAUCAGCAGCCCCUCCCCCUAUACCUUCAGCCAUUUCUUGCUCGCAAACCGAUCCGUCAACAGUACAGCCAUCUAUUCAAGUUUCCUCAUUGCCGUCCGACCCUUCUUCCACAUUCAUAAUCGCCGCCUCAUUUCUCGCCAAUCGUACCCUUUACAAGGCCAUCAAGUCCUUUUGCCCCAAUUCCAAGUUUAUAGAAAGACAUUUCGAGCAACUUUCUCCUGUUAGAAUAUUUGGAAAACAAGACCAAGUUCCAGAGGAAUACACAAUAGAGGCGGAUAUUAUUGUUUCACCGCUGACGGGGAUUAUUCUGACCGAUUUACAAACGAUUAGACGACGACCUCUCCCUACCAAUCUAUCAUCCCGCGGCGGGGACUCCAUUCCAAAAACAUGCGAAGAAAUACGAGCUCGAAUAUCUGAACUAUCUAGAAGAUAUGAAAACUUAGCUGUUGGGGUUUCUAUUGACUUUGGAGGAAGCGGGGUGGAGUCAGUCGAGUUAAGUACAACGGAUUGUGCAAUCCUUGCAGCAUUCAUCGGAUUCUGUGAAGGUAUUGGUAACAUCGAAGUCACUAUCAUCCCAGGCAGUGGGAAAAGCGGGGUUCAAGAACUUGGGAAAUGGGUAGUGAAAACUAUGGAUUUCCAUUCGACUCCAUGGAAAAACGUUGGUUUGGAAGUUGAAAUCACAGAAAAAGAGACUAUGUGGGAAGCCUUCCUACGUAAUAGUGGAAUGAACUCGUAUGCGGCUCAAGCGAUUUUGACCAAGCUUCAUGAAAGUGAAUGCGGCCUUGUGGAUUUUGUGACGAUUGAGAAGGAGAGUAGGAGGGUUAUAUUUGAGCAAUUUGUUGGGAGGAAGAGUUUGGAACGGUUUGAGGAAGUCUCUGAUGCAAGGUGGCAGUAUGGUUGA